AUUAUUUUAACGUUAGAUUAGGUUUUCAUCAUUUCCCUCCAAUUCCCACACGCACUUCUCUUUGAUUUUUCUCUUAUCAGCGAUCCAUUCAUUACUCUUUCGCCACGCACACACACACAAUUUUAAAAAAGCCACAGAAAGUUUCCCGAGAAACAAACAGGAGAACAAUCAAUAAAGGCGCUGCCGCGGAGUCUGUUCCUCUGUCCUCCAUUUCCUUGGUUGUGUAUUGCUGUUUGUUUGGUUGCUUAGAAUACGUAGGAAAAUUAAGUAGAUGCUUGGGAUCUUAUGGCACUGGCAGGCUACUUUGGCAUGGAUUCUGCAACACAGACUUUCCAACACCGUGCAUUGCCUAUCAAAUUAUGGCCCCCUAGCCAGAGUACAAGGCUAAUGCUUGUAGAUCGAAUGAUCAAGAAUCUUACGACUCCAUCUAUUUUCUCAAGGAAGUAUGGCCUGUUAAGUAAAGAAGAGGCAGAGGAGGAUGCAAAGCACAUAGAGGAUAUUGCUUUUGCAGCUGCAAGUCAUCACUUUGAGAAGGAGUCAGAUGGUGAUGGGAGUUCUGCUGUGCAAAUUUAUGCCAAAGAAUCGAGUAAGCUUAUGCUGGAAGUUCUUAAAAGAGGCCCCAGAAUAAAGGACGAUGGAGAUGUUAUAUCUGAGAAAGCUACUGCUGCUAAUGAAACAAUCUUUGAUAUAUCUGGAGGUCGUAGGGCUUUUAUUGAAGCAGAGGAGGCUGAGGAGCUUCUACAAUCACUAAGGAAACCAAACUCAUAUACUAAGAUUUGUUUCAGUAAUAGAAGUUUUGGCUUGGAUGCAGCUCGUGUUGUUGAGCCCAUUCUGUUAUCCAUUAAGGAUCAAUUGACAGAAGUAGACCUAUCAGAUUUUAUUGCAGGAAGGCCGGAGGAAGAAGCUCUGAAGGUCAUGAACAUAUUCUCUUCAGCCCUGGAAGGUUGUGUUUUGAGAUAUCUGGACCUUUCAAACAAUGCCAUGGGUGAAAAGGGUGUUAGGGCAUUUACAUCACUCCUAAGGUCUCAGAAGAAUUUGGAGGAGCUUUAUUUGAUGAAUGAUGGUAUCUCAGAGGAAGCUGCAAGAGCAGUUUGUGAGCUAAUUCCUUCCACUGAGAAGCUUAGGGUUCUUCAGUUUCAUAAUAACAUGACUGGAGAUGAAGGGGCACUUGCUAUAUCUGAGAUCGUGAAGCAUUCUCCAGCAUUGGAGGAUUUCCGGUGUUCUUCUACAAGGAUAGGCUCUGAAGGGGGAGUUGCCCUAGCUGAAGCACUUGGGACUUGUAGCCAUCUAAAAAAGCUUGAUUUGCGUGACAACAUGUUUGGCGUGGAAGCUGGAGUUGCUCUGAGUAAGGCUAUAUCAGCCUUUUCAGAUCUUACUGAGAUUUACCUCAGUUACCUUAACUUGGAGGACGAGGGGGCAGAAGCACUCGUCAAUUCUCUGAAGGAUUCUGCACCUUCUCUUGAAGUUCUGGAAAUGGCCGGAAAUGACGUCACUGCCAAAGCUGCUGCUACUUUAGCAGCCUGUAUAGCAGCAAAACAAUUUCUCACCAAGUUAAGCUUGGCUGAGAAUGAGCUGAAGGAUGAAGGUGCAAUUGUGAUCAGCAAGGCAUUGGAAGUGGGGCAUAGCCAAUUAACUGAAGUUGAUCUGAGCACAAAUGCAAUUAGAAGGGCUGGGGCAAGGGUCCUGGCACAGGCUGUUGUGCACAAACCUGGAUUUAAGUUGCUAAAUAUCAACUCCAAUUUUAUAUCCGAUGAAGGGAUUGAUGAGGUUAAGGAUAUAUUUAAGAAUUCCCCUGAUAUGCUUGGGCCUUUGGAUGAGAACGACCCUGAAGGAGAAGAUCUUGACGACGAGGCUGAAGAUGAUAAUGCGGAUAACGAGAAUGAAUUGGAAUCAAGACUCAAGAACCUUGAAAUCAAGCAGGAGGAUUAGAGUUGUUUCAUGCUUCAAGGCAGUGCCCUACUGCCUUUGAUUGAUCUGAUUUGAACUUUAUCAAGACUUUGAUUUUUCGUUUAACAAAGUAUGUUUCUGUAAUAGCUAGUCUAGCUUAGCUGGGUGUAUUGAGAACACCCCAUAGCCUAUGAAUUAGCUUUUAAUAUUGCUGAGAGAAGUCGUAUCUUUUUUGGGCAGUAUGUUAUGCAGAUUGGGAUUGGCUGCAAUCCGCUGUCGGAAUUGCUGCCAAUCCUCAUCCAUGAUAUGCUUAGUUGGAGGUAGGAAGUAAUUUCUCUUUUCAGGAUACUUAUUCCAACUUCUCAAUAUGCAAUUUUCUUUGCAAAUCCGUUCGAGACUUGGUAUUUAAUUUGCAAGACUGAGAAUUCAGUAUUGUACGUGUCUGGUAAUAUCAUGAUAUGCUUAGUUGGAGGUAGGAAGUAAUUUCUCUUUUCGGGAUACUUAUUCCAACUUCUCAAUAUGCAAU